AUGCAGCGCGAGGGUUUGGGGCUUUUGGCGACGGAGGAGCUGCUGGAUGCCUUUGCUGCUGUCACGAUGCACGAAGCUGCCGUGCAGCAACGCCACAUGCAGCAGCAGCAGCAGCAGCAGCAGCUGCAGCAGCAGCUGCAGCAGCAGCAGCAGCAGCAGCAGCAACGUGCCGAUGAGGCACCGGACGGGGUUGGGGACUUCUCCUCUAUCGGACUCGCCGCAGACGAACUCACUACAAGCAGCGAGCAGCAGCAGCAGCAGCAGCAGCAGCAGCAGCAGCAGCAGCAGGAACAGCAGCAGCAGCAGCAGCAGAGCCUGCAGCCCUGCCUCAACCCCGGGUCUCCCGUGCUGCUGCGCGCAGCCCUGGCGCUUUCAAAUGAAAUCCGAGCAGCAGAAGCAGCAGCAGCAGCAGCAGCAGCAGCAGAUGCAACAGCAGCAGCAGCAGCAGAAGCAGCAGCGACAGCAGCAACAGAACCAGCAGGGAGAGAGUCCGCUCCUGAAGACGGUGCUGCUGCUGCAGCACGAUGCUGCGUGGCGCUGCUGCACCACGUAAGCAACAGAGCAGCAACAGCAGCAGCAGCAGCUGCAGCAACAGCAGCAAAGCCUAAACUAUGUGCACUGUGUCUCUCUUACUAUCCCCACUGCGUCGCCCCACUACCCCCCCCCCCUUUAUAUGAAUAUCUUGCUACGUAUCUAGACAGCAGCAGCAGCAGCAGCAGCAGCAGUAGCAGUAACAGCAGCAGCAGCAGUAGCAGUGAACAGCAGCAGCAGCAGCAGCAGUAG